AUGGAUCAUGUAAAACUGGUUGAGGAUCCAAUUGACAUCGCCCAUAUCCACCGAUUGCUAGCUGAUGAAGGAUGUGGUGCCGCAUCGGUUUUUGUGGGCACCACUCGAGAUAAUUUUCAGGGGAAAAAGGUGUGUUCGCUAUCACAAUCAAUUAGAAUCAUCAAUGCGUACUUUUUAACCUUCCAGGUGGUGUCAUUGGCAUACGAGGCCUAUGAUAACAUGGCCCUUAAGGAAAUGAACAAAAUAUGCUCAGAUCUUCGAUCUAAAUGGCCUGAACUAAAGCACAUAGUUAUAUAUCACCGAUUAGGAACAGUGCCUGUUUGCGAGGCCAGUGUAGUUAUAGCCACUUCAUCGCCUCAUCGAUCAGAGGCCUUAGAAUCAGUAUCGUUUGCAAUAGACCAACUUAAAUCCCGUGUUCCCAUCUGGAAAAAGGAGAUAUACGAGGGUGAUCACAUCAGCGAGUGGAAGGAAAACAAGGAGUCCUUCAGGCCCAAGAAGUCUCUCAGUGCCUUUAAUUACGCAGCUUGUCCCUGCAAAGUGGAGGAGUCACAUGACGUCCCACGAAGUCUGGUGCAAAUUAGAGUUAAUGACGCCGAGUUAUCCAAGCGUCUCGAAUGUUUUGUCAACAGAAAGCGAGCCGAAAUCAACUCACAAAAUGUAAUUGACUUCAAAUCACCUUUUGUUGACUCAGACAAAGACCAAAGCGAUUCCUGCGCUCGAACGCAGAGCACGAUUAUAAAGCAGGAGCAGUCAAAUUGCCAUUUAAAAGUGCGACGGGUAAACAAUCGCUGCGGGCCUCAGCAAAUGGAGUUGCGGCCCAACUACGAACUUGAACUGAAUAAGCUAAUGGGAUCGCGUGACGGCCUAACUGACCCAUCCAAAGAAAUGAGAAAAUCGCUGCCCAAUUCACGUCUGCAAGCAAUUGAAUCAUACAUGGGCUUGACCACCGAUAAUGAAGAAAACAUUUUUAGUAGAAUCAAAAAGGUGGAAAACAGAAUGCUGCAGUUGGAGUCCAUUUCCCCAGAGUACCGACACUUUACAAAUCUUGAGCCGUCUGCUUUGGAGCCCCCGCCACCAAAAAGGGUGAAAAAGAAAUCCUAUUCUGCCCAUGAACUGAGUGUGUUCAUUCAAAAGCUAAAGGAUGGCAGCCAAGUUAACGAAUAAUCA